CUCUGCGCAGAGGCACUCCCACAAGGCGGUGCGCUGUUCAGGCCAGCAUCAUGCGUUCAUCUGCACACAGAUGCUGCUGUGAACUUAACUCGACUGUUGCUUAUGUUGCCAGAAGGGAUCUCGCUCUCCAUCCAUGGUUGUCCUCAGGAUAAGAAAUGUGCACAAAAGGAAAUAUGCACUCAUCUGCCUGUGCAUUGCUGGAUUCAUCAUGUACAGAUAUCUCGGCAUGCCAGGCAGGGGGAGGAGGAUGAGCCGAAAGGUCGGCUUGUGUGCCAACACGUCCCAGUUUACCCUCGAGGGAGAGCCCUUCCGCAUCAUUGGGGGAUCCAUCCACUAUUUCCGUGUGCCCAGGGCCUACUGGAGGGACCGCCUGAUGAAGAUGAAAGCCUGUGGGAUUAAUACCCUCACUACAUACGUGCCGUGGAAUCUGCACCAGCCGGAAAGGGGGGUUUUUAACUUCCAGACACAGCUGGAUUUAGAUCCUCAGUGCUCAGGGGAGAAGCUAGAGGCAGAGAGUCCCACCUGACAACAGCAGCAUCUCCAUAACAAAAGCAGCUUAUCGAGCAAUUAACCGCACAGUGAUGAUAAGCGAAGAGAGGUCCCGCCUCUGCCAGUGCUGUUGCCAGGCACUUUUCAAACUCACCAAACAAUGAGAAAUGGAGCCUCACUGUGAGUCUGAACUUUGGGUUUGCACAGAAAAAAGUUGCUUGUUGAUUUUCUCUUCUGUCUGGAUUUCAGAGCCUAUAUCAGUCUUGCAGCCGAGAUGGAACUGUGGGUGAUUUUGCGUCCAGGGCCCUACAUUUCCUCUGAGCUGGACCUAGGAGGACUGCCGAGCUGGCUCCUCCAAGACAGCAGCAUGAGACUGCGGACGACGUACCCAGGGUUCAUUCAGGCUGUCAACACUUUUUUUGACAAGCUGAUACCAAAACUGGUUCCAUUGCAGUUCAAGAAAGGAGGUCCAAUCAUUGCAGUGCAAGUGGAAAACGAGUAUGGCUCCUUUGGAAAGGAUCAGAGUUAUAUGCUCUUCAUUAAAGAGGCUCUGCAGUCCAGAGGGAUCAGCGAACUGCUGCUCACAUCAGACAAGCACAACACGUUAAAGUCUGGGGGUGUGGAUGGAGCCCUCAGGACAGUGAAGCUUCAGAAGCUAAAUCAGAGAAACAUCCAGGAGCUGACUGCUAUCCAGCCCAACAACCCCACCAUGGUGAUGGAUUACUGGACCGGCUGGUAUGAUAUCUGGGGAGAGCUCCACCAUGUGCUGCCCCCAGAGGAUAUGGUAUCCACUGUAAGGGAAGUUCUGAGGAGAGGCAUGUCUGUCAACUUGUACAUGUUCCACGGAGGAUCCAGUUUUGGCUUCAUGAGUGGAGCACUUGCCGAUCCCUCAUACAGAGCUUUAGUCCCCAGCUAUGAUUAUGACGCUCCUCUGUCUGAAUCUGGGGAAUACACUUCAAAGUACCAUCUUCUCAGGGAUUUACUUUCUCGAUACAAAAACACAGGAGGCUCUGACAGUCUCCCGGACAUGCCAGUCCUGCAUUACAGGGAGGCUUACGAACCAGCUAUUAUGUACCAGCACCUUUCAUUAUGGGAUGCUUUAAGCUUCACAGAAGGACCAUUUAAGUCCGCCAAACCAGUAAACAUGGAAAAUCUACCUGUGAACAACAGAAAUGGACAGUCCUAUGGCUACACUCUGUAUGAGACUAUUAUCACGAGGGGAGGGCUGUUACAGUCAGGGGACAAUGUCAGAGACCGUGCCCUGGUGUUCGUAGACAGAAGCUACAUUGGCCUUUUCAAGCGCCGGAGUCUGGAGCUGGCGGUUCCUGAUGGUAAGGGACGUCGUACCUUAAGUUUAUUGGUGGAGAACUGUGGACGAGUUCACCAGGGAAGGGAGCUUGACAAGCAACGUAAAGGACUAGUGGGAGACAUUUUAUUAAACAAUAUCCCCUUGAGAGAUUUUACAAUAUACAGCCUGGAUAUGAAACCCAGCUUCAUUGAUAGUCUUUAUCAAGCACCCUGGAAAAGUCUUUCUGAAACCCCCAGCUUCCCUGGAUUUUUCAUGGGCAGACUGUUUGCAUAUGGGUAUCCAAGUGACACGUUUGUGAAGCUGCCAGGCUGGGAGAAAGGUGUUGUGUUUAUCAAUGGGUUCAACCUUGGGCGCUACUGGUCCAUUGGCCCCCAGCAGACUCUCUACCUCCCAGGUCCUUUUCUCAACAGUGGAAUCAAUCAGGUCAUUGUGUUUGAGGAACAAGAGGGAGACUUCAAGGUCCACUUUGAGGAUGAGGCUGAUCUUGGCAUGGCUGCUGACAUCCAGUGAACGACAUGACAUCACAAUUCCAAUGUUUGUGUGUUUGUGUAUGUGUGUAUGUAUGUAAAAUUUGCAUAUUUUUUUAUAUUACUGAGUGCUUAUCAUAUCAGGAGGAAUUGAAAUACAGGGAAACAAUAAAUUCUGUCAAAUGCAA